AUGGUCGGCAUUGGACCAGCCACGGGCAUCCUGUUGGUGGUGCUUCUGUCCUGUGGCAGCUGCCUAGCGGACGGACAACCGCAUCAGCAAUCAGUGCAACCGGAACCACCCCGUCCCGUGGCGGCCGACGAAAGCGCGACUAAAAACGUCGCGAAUGUCGCGGACAAGUCGCAGAACAAACGAGGCGCACCGGAAAUACCGGUGGUCGUAGGUGCGCCAGCGCAGCAUACCGCGUACAUAAAUCAUCACGUCACCGGAGCAACCGUCGUGGCUGCACCCAUUUCCGGCCAUACAACGCACGCAGCGCUCGCGUCCGUACCGUUUGGGUACGGGCACGCGGUUACCAGCACCGGACACAUUCACGCGACGGCACCUCAGCAAACCUCGUUUUUGCAGCACGUGAUACACAAGGUGAAUUACGUUGCGCCCGUAACCACGACGACGGUGAAACUGGCCACCAUUGCCGAGGGUGUUGGCUCGCAUCUACACCUGCAGCCCACGGGCUCGGUUGUGACGAAGUACAACUACGCCGUACCGCAGCUCACGUACGCACACUACCCACAGUAUCAGGUGUAUCAUCAGCAUCAGGCGAGUCCCACAGCUACGGCGAUCUACACCGCUCAUCAGCUUCACGAGCAACCGAUCGCUGCUGCGACGCUUCACGAGAUUGCCCAUCAGCAUCCCCAGCAACAGCAGCAGCAGCAGCAACACACGGCAUACGCCCAUCAGCAGCCCGUCUACGCACACCAUCCAGCUGGCACCAUCCAAUAUUCGGUUCCGGCAUCGCUACUCCAGCAGCAUAAUUACCAGCAGCAGUCCCAGCAACAGCAACAGCAGCAGUUUCCCUUGAGCCACACACACGCCAUCCAUUAUGGGGCGGCUCAGGCAGGCGGGCAACCGUCGGUGCCGAUCGUCCAUCAGACGCCGAUUGCCACCAUCAAUCAGGUUCACCAGGCGCAGCAGGUCUACGCCACCCAGGGCCAACUAAGCAAGUACCCGGUGGCGGCGCAGUCCGUGUACGGUGCGGCAGGACUCACGAACCAGAUCUACGCCACAGCACCGAGCUACGGCGAUCCGGACACACUCACAAAUCUCGCUAAUCCUGAUCUACUCGCGCCCACAACCACGGUUCGACCGUUCCGUCCAGCCGUCCGGCCCGGUUCCGGAGACGUGCGUCCGAUAACCGAGUACGAGGACGACUACGGGGACGGGGAUGAUGGUGGGAACGAUGCACCCAACUUACCGGACUUGCCCGCGACCAGUAACACCGACCGGAACCGGGGCCAGGAUGAGGAGGACCCGUGCGAAAAGGACCCAAAGAAAUCGGACCAACCGAGCGCAUUCAACCGGCGUCUCUACAACAUGUGGCGAGCGUAUGACGUGGCGCGUACGUUACUCAAGGCAUCCGGGGCUAGUGGGGCGAAUGGGGGCAAAUCACGCCCAAAACCCAACCCCACCGAUACGGACCGCAUCCAGCUGAUCCACCCACCGGGCGCGUCUGACAAGAAGCUUAAGGGCAAGUCGUACGAGGGCAAGUACUACGGCUAUUACCGGCACGGUCGCCAGGAUACUCCAUCGUCGUCGUCGUCGUCGUCGUCCUCGUCAUCGUCCUCAUCGUCCUCGUCGUCGUCUGCGGAUGGGAUGCACUCGCACAGAAGGAAUCUGGACUAA